GCUACCCAAGUUCAAGCUCAAGCUGCUGGUUUGUCGGCGUCAUCUCUCUCUCUCUCUAAUUAAGAGAGUGAUUAAUAACCUAACCUCCGUUUUGACCGCGAUUAAGCCCUAAACUGUUCCCAUUUCUGUAGUAGUAGUAGAAAAACUACUAUAUUUGCGUUAUCUGCCUAGAUUCAUGUACUAAAUCACUUUCUAUAAGUGAAAAAGAGUGCAAAUUGUGAUGCAGUAUUCGAUUUGGUGAUUCAGCUGAAAAGUUCUUGCCGAUCGAAUUUGAUCUCUAAUCUGUCUCCGUUUCCUGAGGACGAUUUUUAACGUACAUGCCAAUAUUGACAUGGUAAUAGAUAUGUGACUAUUAAGAUUUUGUCAUCUUCAAGAAGAAGACAUGGUUUGACGCCACUGGAGAAGACUGCAUUAUUGGAUUACCUUCAAGGCCUGUAUAUAUUGUUGGAGAAACUGAUUGGCGUCGUUACAAACUGUUUGCUGGAUCUGUUGGAAAUAUGGAUUCGAAAAUGGAUCGGUAUGAGAUCAUGGAGCAGAUAGGUCGCGGAGCAUUUGGAGCGGCUAUUCUUGUCAAUCAUAAGUCCGAGAAAAAGAAGUAUGUUUUGAAGAAGAUUCGUUUGGCUAGACAGACAGAACGUUGUAGGAGAUCUGCUCAUCAGGAGAUGGCUCUGAUUGCGCGAAUUCAGCAUCCAUAUAUUGUUGAAUAUAAGGAAGCUUGGGUUGAAAAGGGUUGCUAUGUUUGCAUUGUUACUGGAUACUGUGAAGGUGGAGACAUGGCUGAGUUUAUGAAAAAAUCAAAUGGCCAGUAUUUCCCUGAAGAGAAACUACUCAAGUGGUACACUCAACUGUUAUUGGCAGUUGAAUAUUUGCAUGGCAAAUUCGUCUUACACCGGGACCUAAAAUGUUCCAACAUUUUCCUUACAAAAGAUCAAGAUGUCCGUCUUGGGGACUUUGGACUUGCUAAAACUCUGAAGGCAGAUGACUUGACUUCAUCAGUUGUUGGAACUCCCAAUUACAUGUGCCCUGAACUGCUUGCUGAUAUUCCUUACGGUUUCAAAUCUGAUAUAUGGUCCUUGGGUUGCUGUAUGUAUGAGAUGGCUGCUCAUCGACCUGCAUUUAAGGCAUUCGAUAUGGCAGGCUUGAUUAGCAAGGUAAACAGAUCAUCCAUUGGUCCAUUACCUUCCUGCUAUUCACCCUCAAUGAAGACACUUAUCAAAAGCCUGUUAAGGAAGAACCCAGAACACAGGCCAAGUGCAUCAGAUAUCUUAAAGAAUCCAUACCUGCAGCCAUAUGUGGAGCAAUGUCGUUCUGCUUUUACUAAUCACCCUCUAUCCAUUGUUCGGGGAAGUCGAAAAAACAUGUCUGAAAGCCAAGGGAGCAAUAGUUCAUUUAGUGAUAAAGAAAGCUUAGUAUCAAAUGAGAAAAAUAACAACCACCCAUCAGCAAUAUCUGAAGAUAAAGGCACAGAUACGGAUCUGGGUUCUAUUGACAAUGACGUUGGUUGUGACAAAUCAAACGAACAAGACCAGAAACAGUUCCAUGAACAAAGAUCUAAUGCUGAGUCCGGACAUCCUAAGAGUAUUAAAAGCAUCAUGAUCGCUCUGAAAGAGGGAAAAACAAGAGAAAACAGUUCUCCGAUGAGGGGCAAUCGUCUCAAGGCUGGAGGUACUGGGAACCACAGACCAAACGUUGAACCUUCUCCUAAAGUGCCCAAAACUAACAUAGAAGCACCACCUUCUGCCCCUGCAACUGCAAAGACUGGCUCUGAUUCUGUAAAGCGGAUCCAGGGAACACAUUCUCUGAAGCAUCAGCAAUACUUGCAGGUAGCUUUAAUUGACUCUUCUCCCAAGGCCCGACCAAGACAUGGCACCCCCCCACCUUCUGGUCCAGUAAGUCAUGCAACUGAUGACGGGCUUACUCUAAAGUCAAGACAAAAAACGCCACCUAGCCUGAUCAGACGUCCUUCAUUUCCUGAAAGGAUGAAGCAGAUGGGUGCAGAUUCUCCCAGUCCCGUGAAGAACUUGGGAGAGAUGGCAGCUACUGCUUGGUCAAAUGAAAGCAUACCAAAAGCUCACAAAGCCGUUGCAGGAGCAUCCAAAGGAAUUCAAACGGAUAGCAGCAACUCUGUCUCAUCUUCCAUGUCAUUUCAAGCAUUUGAGCUCUCGGAUGAUGCAACGGGUUCUUUUAUUACUGAAUACCAGGACAAUGAAUUACAUCCUGAUCUUGAGACAGUAGUAACUCAGAUGGAAAUCAGAAAAUCAACUAGCUUUUCCAAUCCUUGCCUGGUGAAAGAUGAUGAGGUGCAUAAUAGUAAUGGUAGAGAGAGUGUGAGACAUGAUAUAAAAUCCCCUUGUUUAACUAAUGAAUCUGAGGCUCCUCCUCUAAAUAUUCACGCUUGUUCAGAGAAACAGAACCUGAGAGAGCCUUUGGAGGUUCAAAACCAGCUUACAGAAGAGUUGCUCGAUUCUAAUGGCAAGAGUUGUGAAAUAAUAUCAGUGGUCAAGGAUCAUGACUCUGAAUGCAUGCUAGGAACUGGAGCUAUGGAAGUUUUACUUAAGUCAUCCGAAAAUGUAGUGGUUGAUCAGGAUGGUGUUAGUAAAGGGAAUUUAGAAUUUCCAACCCAUAAUUCAUCAGACUUUUCUGUUAACAAGGUUGGCAAUUCUUCAAACGGGCCAUGUGCUAGGCCUGAAGAACGUUUGAACCACCAUGUUGAAGAAUUAAGUAAAAAUCUUAACAAACCAGGUUAUAUGAGCCUGAUAUCUUCUUCUACGUCGUCGUCCAGUGGUGAUGAUAAGUACACUGUAAAGGAACUGUUAUCAUCAGUAGUGGAAAACAUUUCUUCUCCUAGUCACAACAAUUCCUCUUGUACUGUCGUGCAAAAUCCAAUAAUAGAAAAAUCACCACCACCUGCUGCCGCCGCUGCUCAGCUACCAACAGCUUUUGAUGAUGUGAUACAUGUUAUCAGGCAUAGCAGCUUCCGAGUUGGUAAUAAAGAGGAGACAAUUACUGAAACCACCACAGACAGAGAGGUGAAGAAUGUGGGGAGUCUGAUAAAUGAAGUAGUAGAGGAGAUAAAAAGCCCAGGAAAUCCAUUGAGUUCAGAUUCUACUACUACUACUACAAGUCUAAAACCUGACCACCUUGUUCCUGAUAAUAACUACAGCAUAAAGGAAGUUGAUGCUUCUGAACCAACAAAACAAGCUAAGGUAUCGAGAAAUGAAGGUGAAACGGCACCAACAGCAACUGCAAAUGAGACAUUAGACGUGUCAUCGUUCAGGCAGAGAGCAGAGGCACUUGAAGGACUAUUAGAAUUGUCAGCCGAUUUGCUCCAGCAUAGCAGACUGGAAGAGCUUGCAGUUGUGUUGAGACCAUUUGGAAAAGAUAAGGUAUCCCCCAGGGAGACUGCUAUCUGGUUGGCAAGAAGUUUGAAAGGAAUGAUGCUUGACGACUCAACUCGGACUUCAUAACCACCACCACACCCCACAACCAACUGGUAUGUUUUCCACUUCCCCCCUUCUUGUUUAUUCACAUUUCCCCUCUUAUGGCCGCAAAACUAUGACUAAUUUUAAGUUCCUUCACAUUUGAGUGUUAAAAAAAGAGAACCCUUAUAUUUCAUUUUGAUUCCAAUUCUUUCAAUUUAAGUAUUAUUCUGUACAUAGUGUUAUAUCACACAGAUUCAGUAACUAGUGAAGAAUCUUUUAUAUGCAAUUGUUUCCCUGGUUGAUUAUU